AUGCUUCCGCGGAAAUCCCAUCCGAGGAUUUGGUAUAGUGCCGAUCCAUUGAACCAUAGACUAAUUUCAGUUGGACGCGUUCUUCACAAUCCGCAGCCCAUCAUCAUUGAUGGACAGGGCCAUCUCCUCGGCCGACUUGCUGCCAUAGUGGCGAAGCACCUGUUGAACGGUCAAAAGAUCGUCGUCGUGAGCUGCGAAAGAAUUAAUAUUUCUGGAAACUUCUUCAGAAAUAAACUGAAAUACUUGGCUUUCCUACGCAAGCGUUGCAAUGUGAAUCCUGCCCGUGGCCCGUUCCAUUUCCGAGCGCCUAGCAUGAUCUUCUGGCGAACUGUCCGUGGCAUGAUCCCGCACAAGACAUCUCGCGGAAAGUUGGCGCUGAAGCGCUUAAUGGCGGUUGAAGGAAUCCCGCCGAAGUACUCUAAGCUUAAGCGCGUCCGUUGUCCGAACGCCAUGCGUGUUGUUCGUCUUCGUAAGGGCCGCAAGUGGUGUUACCUUGGACGCCUGAGCCAUGAAGUCGGCUGGAAGUACCAGCAAGUCAUCCGAUCACUCGAAAUCAAGAGACGUAUGAAAGGUUCGCUGUACGCCAAGGAGGAUCGCUUCAAACACUGUGCGCUCCAAGAUGUGAGAGCAUCUUCGUUUUCUUCCUGUAGGCUUUUACCAAGUCCAGAUGUGAUUGCUAUUGGUAAAAUCGGUGAAUUUACCAGCUCUGGAAUGGUUUUGAUUGAAAACGGCACCAUUCCUAGCCUGGUGCGAAACGCCGGGGAUCCAAUCGAGAGCAACGGUGAAGAUAUCGACGUGGAUUCAGAUGGAACCAAAACCAGUAGCGUCAGUGCGGAUGAAGCGGUUAAAAGUCAAGAAAACGGGGCGGAAGACAACGAAGGCGAGAAACCCGAUGACACGUUGGAAAAUGCCGACGCGUCGACGAAGCACAAUCUUUCAACUGAGUGUGGAUUAGAGUUCGCUAACGAUCAAGCAGUGAAGGCAGCCCCACCAACCGGUCGUGGCGUUUCCCUUGAAAUGUUGCUUCGAGAUUCGGUUAUUCGUCCUGGAACUGCGGUACUUUCUGUGGAAGUUGAGGGGAAAUGCUACAAAGCGCACUUAUUCAAAGAUGGCUCAACGCAAGAUAAGGAAACCGAAAAGAUGCAUGAUUCUGCAACUGCCUGGGCGAUUUGGAAGCUGCGUUCGGUAGAUCCGAAUUUCAAACCUCCUGAUGGCCUAAGCUGGUGUUCACAACUUUUGUACAAAGGAAAAGACUUGGAACAUUACAAGAAGCUGUGGUUCGAAAUGAAAAAGAACGCGCAUCUGAAAGGCGAAUCAGAUAAUUCAUCAGGAUUCGGAAAGCGGCAAGUGAUACGCCAUGAAAGUUUAGGUCUGCGAUAUAAUAAUGAAGUGGACAGCAAUCUUUUGGUCAAGUGCUACCCAUUUAGUCGAAUUGGCAAGUUACAGCCAUUCAAUGUCAGCUUGUCUGUUGGGGCAUUCUUCAUGAUAGAUCUGCAUUCUUCUCUCACCACCACGGAGGUGACGGGGUACCUGGGUGGCACAUGGGAUGUCAAUUCUCACACACUAUCUAUCAAAGCAGCUUUCCCUUGCUGCUGUCCUUUCGGAGAUAGUGAAAAUGCCCCGUUGGUCGAGUACGACAUUGCUUGUGCUAUGCAGGAAGCCAACUAUACUCUUGUCGGAUGGUAUCAUUCGCAUCCGAAGUAUUCUCCGUAUCCGUCCAUUCCUGACAUAGAUGCUCAGCUGGAUUAUCAAAUAAAGAUGAAAGGAAGUUCAGACGCCUCUUACAUUCCUUGUGUGGGCAUAAUCACCACCCCGUUCAGCAAUGAUUCGUCCAGUCUGGAGACAAUGUUCAGCUGUUACUGGGUUGUGCCGCCUCCUGAAUCCAGACCGUUGGAGUAUCCUUGUCCAAUGCUGAUGGAGUAUUCAGCGUCUCCCGAUCCCCCAUUGUCACAGAAAGAUCUCAAAGACACUAAGCUAUUGCUUGAUUAUUACCGGAGUUCAGAGAUCUGCGUGGAUAUGUCGAGCCUGUAUCGCGAUGAACAGACUUACUGGGACAAAAUGGAGGCAUCCCUGAAGCCGAAGCUCAUGCAAGACUCAGAAAACGGUGCCAAAAUUUGGGAACUCCUCGAGGAAACUUUCCUAACGCAUCGAGACGAUGAUUCCAUUGUUUCCGCGGAUCGAGUGAGGAAUCAAAGCACAUCGGAAGACGGGGAAGUGUCGAAAAAGGAGAAAUCGGUUAAAACCGAAAUUACUGUGGCAGUCAAGGAAGAAAUCGUCGCGGAAGAACCGAAGGUGGAAGUGAUGAACGAAAACAGCGAGAAGAUGGACGAAAGUGUGCAAAUCCCACUGAAGACUGAGACGGCCGACGAGCUUUUCGAGAAUCCCGUUGAGCAGAACCCUGAAGUUGAGAAAUCCGAAGCUGUGGACGAUGUUCACGAAGAGUCUCAUGAAGAGAACAAAUUCAAGGCAGAGGCCGAGGAAAUUGUGUUGGAAACUGAUUGCAAACCCGUCAGUCCAGACGCUCUUGUUGAUAGAUGAUCAUCCCUUUUGUUUUAAUCGUGACCUUUUUUUUUUUUUGAACGUGACCAAUAAGUUGGUUGUGUAAACAUUGUCUUGUCUGCUGCGCUUUAGUCGCAAGGAAGUACCUUGUCAGAGGAACAGCUUCAGAUAUGUUUUUUUUUUUCGGUGCCCUUCGUGUAUCGAUGUGCAGGUGUUGGUGGAUUUCAUUACGUAAGGUCGGAUGAAAGCCACUUUAUUUGCUGAGGUCAGUGCUGUGAUCAUGUGGAGGAAGUUUCAAUGUAUCUUGAUGGAUCUCGUAUUCUUCCCGCUUUUUUUUUACUUGGAAAGUGGUCGACUUUCUUUAACUGCUAGCUGACCUUCAAAUCCCUUGAAAGAUUAGCUUUACCCCUACGUGCCGAAUUUAUUCAUGUUUUUAUUCGCUCUAUACACGAUGCCUGAUGUAUUCUUGUACUCCGUGGAGAUUUCAGAAAGAAAUUCCGGUUUUUUCAGAUA